ACAGCUUUCUUUUGAAUCCAAAAAGCCGAGGGGUGACAAUUCUAAAUGUUGUGCACUCGUUCUUUAAAUAAGAAUUAAUUUUAUGACCAUGAUACUUGCGUGCGCUGCAUUUUAAAAUACGUUGUCUCGAUGUCCGUGUUUUAAUCGAACGCCAUCAAACAGCAGCAGACGUAAAGCCGCAAAUCUUGACAGAGACGCGUCAACAUGGAGUUUCCAGAUGAUUUUAACCAGUUAGAGCUUAUAAAUACACACAGCCACCUGAUUCCACGAGGGGCUCAUAGCCACUGGACUGGGAGUAAAGACGAGGAGGGAGAAACAGAGGAUGAAGAAGUCCAUAGUGAGGAGUGGUAUCUACAAAAAGAAGAAAGUCUCAAAGACAAACCAGCAGAACUCAUUCUCUGGGCUGCAGAAAACAAUCGCGUGUCCACAGUCCACAGAUUGUUAUCGGCAGAGGUCUCGUUGGUGCACAGCAGCGAUGAUGAUGCUUACACUCCCCUGCACCGGGCGGCCUAUAGCAACCACACGGCCGUGGCCGCUUCCUUGCUGGCUGCGGGCUCUAAGGUGAACUCUCGCACCAUUGACGGUUGGACGCCUCUCCACAGCGCGUGCCGCUGGGGCCAUGUCGCCAUGGCGACCUUGCUCCUGCAUCACGGCGCCGACGUCAACGCGCAGACCAACGGAGGUCUCACACCUCUGCACUUAGCGGCCUCGCACAGCAGUUCGGCCAAAAGCGACUGGCGCCACACUUUGGAGCUCCUCCUCUCUCAGCGCCACCUGAAGGCAGGGCUUCGCAGUUACAGCGGGGAGAGCGCCAGUGAGCUGGCUCGACGUAGCGGCCCCUAUCACUUCCUCUUUGAGAUGGUAGAAGACUGCGCUAGUAUACUUCCCAGCCUGUGAAUGUUUUCUUCAAGACCUCGGCGGUAGCCCUUGGACAAAUUCUUGUUAACUGUUUUUAAAAUGUCUUUAAUAAUGUCAAACUGCAUAAUCUGCUGUGGUCAAUGUGCUGAAGAUUCAACUUUCACAUUGAAUGUUUGUUGAAGUAAAACUGGCAAAUUCAGUUUGCGUUUUGUGUAACAUUGGAAAUGAACUGUGCUUUGAAUUAAUUGUUAUUAUGAUAUCUCUCCUGACAUUUUCCGAGGCAUGUUUUAAACUCAUAAGUAAGGAUACUGUGAAAAGCAUUGCUCUGUCUCCUAGCAACCUGAGCACAUCCGACGUGCAGGGCAAUUGUGUUAACAAUGAAGUUAAACUGCAAGUCAAUGUACCUAAUUAAAGUCGAUAUCUACAUAUUCUGAACCCUUGAGCCAGCCCAUUGACUAAAAAUAAAAACAGUAAAACUACAAGUGUUAAAAAUACAAUAAACGUUACCUACUCUGUUUUUCGAACUGUAAGACCUCGGACUGGUCUUUUGUGUGCUCCUGAUAAUCAAACAUCUGUCUGUGUAAUUACAAUUCGCUCUAUAAUAAAUAUGCACAGAAGCAACC